AUGUCGUGCGACGUCCGCCCCGUCAUCACCUCGACCAAGACGCUCUAUGCCAACCCCUACGAAGCCACCCCGUCUUGCCCAUGCAACCCGUCCUCCCGCGGCCACCAUCAUCUCACCUCGUCCUCCAGGCUCUGCCCCUCUCAUGGCUGCUGCAGCCUCGACGUCGCAAUUUACCGCUGUCCGCGUAAAUGUCGGAGGCCAACAGAUUACCACCGGUACGUCUGCAAGCACGACCCCGAGCCCCAGAGUCCUUCAUCUUCGCGCUCGCGUCGCCGCUCCGUGUCACGUUCUCGCUCCUCCUACUCCUAUCCGAACCGGCACCCUUCCAAGGCGCCGUCCGACCACUUCAAAGAUACGGUCCACAUGCCGUGGCGCAGCCUUCGCACCUUCGACCGGAAACCAGAUUUCCACGCAGCCGAGUCCUCCGACUUCCGCUUUGCCGUCUCCGAGCUCCUUGACAUCGGGCGUAUCCUCCUGCACGCCGAGUCAGAGCUCGAGAAGGCCGGCCUCAGAAUCAAGAGAGAGCGGACCCGGCACCAGCGCUCCCACGGCGCGGCAUGCGAGCGCGUGCUCCGAGAGUGGGAGUGCAGCUGGACGCGUCGCAUCGAGGAGAUGGUUGUUGACAUUGACGAUCUGAAGCUCAGCACCGAGGUCCUGGCGGAUUGCUGGAUCAAGUACGUGGGCCUGCUCCGCAAGUACGAGCUGCUGGGGCAGCGGAGGGUCGGCGGCAUCGUCGAGGGUCGGGGGCGACGCAGGCGUCGGAGUGAGAACAGCUCAGAGGAGGCUCGAAAGAACGAAACCGAUAAGCCGUGGAGAUACUUUCGCCGCGAGAGCUGGGAUCGGGUAGACCGUCGUCGCGGGGGGCGUCCGAAGGUGACGCGUGGCCACGAGCGCGGCGCUGAACACGAACCGGUACGGAGGCGAGAGAGACGUCAGUCGGUUCGUUUUGUCGACGAGGUUGAGCGACAACGAAACCGCCGCGGGCCGUCCGAUGAUAAGGGGCACCGAAGUUGGUGGAAAUUCUAG